AUCCGCUCAAAGCACAGAGGAAAAGUAGGCUGAAAAGCGAGAGAGAGAGAGCUCAGCCAGCAGCGGAGUUCGUUUAGAGACGUUAUCGGACUUGAAAGCCUCCAACUCGCCGGAAUUCAGAGUCCUCGUUCGAGUCCGCUCCUCUUCCCUCUCUCUCACUUUAGAAGCCCCGGAGAGCGUAUAGAGAGAGAGAGAGAGACACCGCUUACUUCGCGAACCCACCGGAGUUCGAAUUUCCAUUUCCACGGCGUCUAGGGGAUUGUCUUGCUGCCCGCGUUAGGGCUUCUCACUGUUGGAUUAGGUUGCGCUGAGGGGAAUCGUCCUGCUUCCGCGGUUCUGGGUCGCUAGGGUUUUGUCGGGAAGUGGGGGAAUCCGACCCAACUCUUAUGACGGUAAAUUUGGCUGAUUUGGUGGCUCCCUGAUGUUCACUCCCCAGAAGAAGGUCUGGCUGGACUGGCCCCUCUCCGCCCGGAAGCGCGGGGCCGGGUCGGGUCCCGGUUCCGGUGGGCUAAGUGCGAACCCUAGCGACGGGAAGGGGAAGAGUGUCGCGCCCGCCGAGCCCGCGACUCCGCCUCUUGGCCCCAACGGGAUGGCAGUUGACGGAGAUGAUCUGGCCGAGAAGGUUUCGCAGCUCGAGAAGGAGCUUUUCGAGUACCAAUACAAUAUGGGGCUUGUCUUGAUUGAGAAGAAAGAGUGGACUGCUGAAUAUGAGAGACUGAAGGAAGUUCUCGCUGAAACUAAGGACGCUCUUAAACGAGAACAAACUGCUCAUUUAAUUGCAAUGUCGGAGGUCGAGAAAAGAGAGGAUGAUUUGAGGAAAGCUCUCGGAGUUGAGAAGCAGUGUGUGAGCGAUCUGGAGAAGGCUUUGCGGGAAAUGCGCUCGGAGUACGCUGAGAUCAAGUUUACCGCUGAUUCGAAGUUGGCAGAAGCGAACGCAAUUGUUGCAAGUAUUGACGAGAAGUCCUUAGAGUUCGAGGCAAAGAUGCACAGUGCUGAAGCCAAACUUGCCGAGAUCAGCAGAAAGAGUUCAGAAAUCGAGAGAAAGCAACAAGAUCUUGAGGCUAGAGAAGCUGAUCUCCAAAAGAAAAGAUUAUCUUUCAUUACAGAGCGAGAGGCCCAUGAAUCUAAUUUCUCUAAGCAGAGGGAGGACUUACUAGAGUGGGAAAGAAAACUCCGCGAGUCGGAGGAAAGGAUAGGUGAUAGACAAAGGAUUUUAAAUCAAAGAGAGGAGAGGGCGAAUGAGAAGGACAAGAUUUAUAAGCAGAAAGAGAAGGACCUCGAGGAUGUACAGAAGAUGAUAGAUGAAGCUACUUCGACUUUGAAACAGAAAGAAGAUGACAUCAGCAGCAGGGUAUCAAAAUUGGCAAUAAGAGAGAAGGAAUAUGAAGCUUUGCAGAAGAACUUGGAAAUGAAAGAGAAAGAGUUGCUCGUUCUAGAAGAAACGCUUAAAGAAAGAGAACAGGUUGAAAUCCAGAAGCUCCUUGAUGAACACAAUGAGAUUCUAGAUGCAAAGAAGCGCGAAUUCGAACUGGAAAUCGAGCAAAAGAGAAAAUCUGUGGAUGAGGAGCUGGGAAACAAAGGAUUUGAACUGCAGAAAAAGGAAGCUGAGAUUAACCACAAAGAGGAGAAACUUGCAAAGAAAGAACAAGCACUGGAGAAGAAGUCUGAAAAACUCAAGGAGAAAGAGGAGGACUUCCAGUCAAAACUAAAAGAUCUGAAAGAGAGGGAGAGGUUGCUCAGAUCUGAGGAGAAGAAUCUGGAGGCUGAGAAAAAACAGCUACUUGUUGAGAAGGAGGAGUUGGUUAAUUUAAAGACUAGGCUUGAGAAGAUAAGAGCGGACAAUGAGGAACAGUUGCUGAAGAUUCGUAAAGAGAAGGAUCAACUGAAAGUAACCGAGGAAGAAAGGUCAGAAUAUGUACGUUUGCAGUGGGAACUGAGGCAAGAAAUAGAGAAAUGCAGGGUGCAGAAAGAAAUGCUUCUGAAGGAAGCUGAGGACUUGAAGCAGCAGAAGGAAAUGUUUGAGAAAGAGUGGGAGGUGCUUGACGAGAAAAAAGCGGAGGUUGAGAAAGGGUUAAAGGAUCUCUCUCAGGAAAAGGAGAAAUUCCAAAAAUUAAAGGAGGCUGAAGAGGAGAGGUUGCAGAAGAAGUUGCUGGAGACAGAAGAGGAGAUAAAGAGGGAACUUGAAAAUCUUAACUUGGCCAAGGAAACUUCUGCAGCCAGAUUGGAGCAUGAGAAGUCAGUUCUGACUGAGCAGAUCCAGAGCGAGAGAAGCCAAAUGCUACGAGAUUUUGAGCUUAAGAAGAAGGAGCUUGAGAGCGAUAUGCAGAAAAAAUUGGAAGAGCAGGAGAAUGAUUUGUGUUAUAGAAAGAAGUUGUUCGAGGAGGAAAAGGAGAGAGAACUCGGCAACAUUAGCUACCUGAGAGAGUUGGCCAGAAGAGAAAUGGAAGAAAUGAAGCAGGAACGUCUGGUAAUGGGAAAAGAAAGAGAAGAGUUUUCAGCUAAUAAGAAGCACCUUGAAGAGGAGCAGACUGAAAUACGUAGAGACAUUGACAAGCUCAUGGUCCUCAGCCAGAAAAUGAAGGAGCAGAGGGAGAAAUUUAACAAGGAGAGGCAACGCUUCAUUUCAUUUGUGGAGAAACAGAGUAGCUGCAGUAACUGUGGGGAAUGUACUCGUGAAUUUGUUGUUUCAGACAUGCAGUGUUUGUCUGAGAUUGAGAACCUAGACAUCCCUCAAUCCAAAUUUGCUGUAGUUUACCACAAGGAAGGGUUCAGUAAAGAUCAGGAAGCUAUUGAAGGGCAAAAAAGCGACGCAUCUCCUCAUCAAGUUGGUUCAAGAACCCCAGUAUCCGCUGGAACAAUGUCUUGGCUUCGGAAAUGCACAUCAAAGAUAUUUAACUUCUCCCCAGGCAAGAAGGAUGAGUUCCAUCCUGUUCAGAACUUGACUUUGGAGGGCACUGUUCCUGUCGAUCAAGCCAGUGCUGAGGAGCAAUCGAAAGUUUCUGGUGAAAAUGAUAUUGAGGUCUCUCUUGCUGCAGUAAGUGCUUCUGAAGAUGUGCAGAGGCUUCCAUCUGGGCAAGAGAUUUUAGUCGAUGAACAAAGUAAUGUCAACAUCGCAGAAGAUUCCCAUCCGUCUGAUUUAAGGAGUGGCAAACAUGAGGUUCGCAAGAGAGGGAGGGCAAGGGUUGACAGAACAAGAACCAUGAAGCAGGUUGUGAAAGAUGCAGAAGCUAUCCUGGGGGAAGGAUUAGAAACAAAUGAGAGGAGGCGGCAAAAUGGAAAUGCAGAGGAGUCUGCUCACACUAAUCUCGAUAGUAGGGAAGAGUCUAGCCUUGCUGAGAGAGGAAAGCGAGGAAAUGGUCGGAAGCGUACUCGAGCAAGUCAUCAUGACGGUGAUGAGACUGAAGGGCAUUCUGAUAGUGUCACAGGGAACCAGCAGCGUAAGAGGCGACAGAAACCUGCUGCAGCUGGACAACCUCCAGUUGAGCCUCGCUACAAUCUCCGAAGACCCAAGGGAAGAGGGACGGGGGCAGCGACGUCAAGAGCAUCUUCAGACCUGAAUGAAAGGAAAAAGAAUGAUGCCCAGGGUGAUGGGCUGCUGGAAGUCGUUAAUUCCAAGGCUGCGCCUGCACACUCUGUUACAGUUGCCAGUGAGAAUGGGGGGAGCACACAUUUUGUGCGGUGUGGGACUGCGGCCAAUAUGGAGGAUACAACAAAAGAGUUGGCCCCCAACAACCCGGCUUUGAGUGAGGAAGUGAAUGGGACGCCGGACAGGGUCAGAGAAGGCAGUGACUACAACGCCCUUGAGAGCGGGGACAGCGAUGAGGAGCGCGAGCACCCUGGGGAGGUCUCAAUGGGGAAGAAGCUGUGGACUUUCUUCACGACAUAAACUGGCAGAAAUUGCCCAUCUUUGGUGUGAGUUUUCUAGUGGAGUUUUUUUUUUUUUUUUUCUUUUUUUCUUUUUUUCUUUUGAAGAUAUGUGGUAGUAAGUGUGUAUUUUCAAGGCUUUUUCAUGGUAGUUUGGUGAAACUAGGGAAGGAAAGGUUGAUUCGGCCGGCCCCUCAGGUUGUCUUUCUUUUAAUUAGGGUUAGGACAGUAGGGGUCUCUCUCUCUCUCUCUCUCUCUCUCUCUGUAUUUUCUUAGGUGAUUUGAUGAGGCAAAUGACUAAACACCGCAAGAACCUCUACUCUGCCCCUGCUUCGGUUCGAAAUUGAUUUGUAUCAAAUGCUUGUAAUUUUUUCGCCUCGUAUAUUUAACUUCUCUCGCUCUCUCUA